GCAUCAGCAUCAACUUCGUGUAGGCAGCAAGCUACAGCUAGGUGUGCGAGCUUCGAAAGCCGCAAUUACGUAUCACUUCAUAAGUCGAAACAACUGAGGAACAUCACCGGCGCCGUCAUUCGCCGCACUGAUAGUCAAACCCGGUACACGGAUUGCAUUCUCGUAGACAUCUAGAAUUUGACGCACGUCGUCAGUACCUGGAUCGCCUCCAUACUAAGCUAUAGAGUAUUGGUGGAGCUAUGCGCUCUCACCCGAAGUCCCCAUGAGCUCCGUUCCUGGGGAGAACAGCGCCGAGAACAAGGAGCCAGACAGCGGAGAGGAGACGAUAGGCUCGGUUGAAGAGCCGAAUGAGGGAUCUGAAGAGUCGUCAGCAGGCCGUGGGCAUAAUGGAGAGAUUGAUGAUGUGCCACAACUUGGACAGGAUGUCCACGGAGGAUUCUUCGAGACGUUUCAAUCUGAAGAGAAGGACACGAAUGGAUAUGGUACUUCCGGCACUCCACGUAUACCUUCUGUGAAAACGCCAAUAAGUCCGGAAGCCUCCGUGUCAACACCGGACGAUACGCCAUCAAUACAAGGCUCUCUACUGUCUUCGCCCAGUAGCAGCGUUCCCGCAUCGCAUGCUUCAGCGAGCCGGGGGCAUCACCGCCCGUCGCUGAAACCCUUUGAAAGAAGAUUCUCGUCUAGGCUAUCGCUAUCGCCUUUACCUUCCCCACGUUCACAGACACCUACAUUCCUAGCUCCUCACUCAAGACAAUCAUCGAUUUCGUCCCAGCUCGUACCAUCUCGCGAUGAGUCGGAGACACCACAACCGCCCUGGGAGGUAGUCAGAUGGACUAAACUGAAAAGGAUAUCCGGACAAGUGUUCUCAGAAGUUGGGAAGAGGAACUUUGGCCGCGCUACCUGUUUGUGCGUUGCUGCAUCAAUCAUUAUUGGAACUUCAAAGGGCUUUAUCUUGGUUUUCGAUUACAACCAAGUACUCAAAUCGAUCAUUGGUCCAGGAACUAAGGCUAUAGAAUGUGGAAGUAUCACGUCUCUUGCAAUUUCUGCGGACCAUUCCACCGUUGCUGGGGGCCAUGCCGAUGGCAACAUCUUUACCUGGGAACUCGCCAGACCUGCGAAGCCUUUCUUGCACAUCCCUCCAUUGGACCGUGCUCAACUCGAUGAUAGACGAAGCGAUGGUCAUAUAUCAGGCGUUGCUAUUCUCCAUUUGGGUUUUUUGGCUACUCGCCACACCGCAUUGGUCUCUGCAGACGAUGCUGGCAUGGCGUUUUCACAUCUAGCGACCAGAGGACUGGGCGUCGUGGCAAGAUCUAUCAAGACUACCCGUGUUUUAGGACGCUAUCCAGUCAACAACGGCACUUUUGAUCGGCCAAGAAAACCUAGUUCUGUUCUAGCUUUCGCUCCGCUUCCCCUCGGGAAUGUGGAACAAGCAACAGACACCUUAGGGCUGACUGCUCUCCUGACUCCCUACCUCUUGGUGAUUGUAUCUACCACACCCAUUGCCCAAACGCAACACAAGUCAUCCAGGCCUAAGGAGCUAGCACCGCACAGUACUCUAAGCGGUUGCCUUGCUUGGUUUCCUGCCGUGCGACUGAAAAAUAGAAACUCGGGGGAACCACAAGUGUCAAAGACGAAAUUGGCUUACUGUUGGUCCAACAUUCUUACUAUUCUAGAUGUAGAAUCUGCAGAAAACGCGGACGAAGGAAAACCUGCAGAUUUAGAUUUCCAGCCGCGCAGCCGUUGGAGAUCGGAAGAGGCAAUUGUUGCUAUACAGUGGCUGAGCCGCUCCGUCUUGGGCGUUUUGACGAUCAGUCAACGACUGGUCAUUCUGGAAGACGUAUCAAUCAGAAUGACAGAUACAUUCGAUCUAAUACAGAAGCACAUCUUUCAUCAAGACUUGUUCUCAAAGCAGUUGCAGCCUGUAGUGGAACAACUGGAUGAAGAAGACGCGUCCAUGCAUGGAGUUGUGGCGGAUGCUUUUUAUAUGAGCUUCAGAGCUUACAAAAGCAGGCUGUUCCUUCUAGGUUUCAAUGAUGUCUCGAUAGGAACACUGUCUAACUGGGCCGACCGUUUGCUUGCACUGAUGGAUGAGGGCGAUGUCAUCGCAGCCUUGGAGUUGGCAACCUCAUAUUACAAUGGUGAUGCGGACAAGCUGACUGUUGGACUUCCGGAGGACGAUGGUGCUCGACAUGGCCUUGUUGAAGAGAAGUUGCUCCCCAUGAUAUCCGCAUCUUUGCGAUAUACUUUCAGCCGAGAAGAGAGCUAUAGCGAUCAGGAUCAAGCGUUGAGCCAUAGGAAACAACUUGCCUCAAUAUGUUUCAUAGCUUGUCUCAGUAUGGACCAGCUGGAAGUCCUUUUCGAGGAAAUCUAUGAAGCCUUCGAGAGCGGCGACUGCGAGGGCAUCUUCUAUGAAACCCUUGAGCCUUAUAUACUCGAUGGGCAGAUCAAAUCGGUCCCACCAGACGUUCUGAAGUCGAUGAUAACGUACUAUGCGUCGGGAAAUCUAGCCACAAGAAUUGAAGAAGUUAUCAUUCGCCUUGAGACAUUGACAAUGGAUAUCGACCAGGUCACUACACUAUGUCGUCAGUAUAGCCUUUACGAUGCACUUAUCUACGUGUGGAAUCAGGCACUCGGAGACUAUGUAACUCCAUUAGUCGAUCUCAUGGACCUUAUCAAGCUACUCGUUCACGAUGAAACAGGUGAUGGGCAGAUGGAGAGCUUAUAUCAUGAAUCAGCAAUGAAGGUCUUUCCAUAUCUGGCAUAUUCGUUGACCGGACGUAUCUAUCCAGGCGGGCUUUUCAUGGAAGAUGAGACAGCUUUGAGAGCAAAAAACGAGCUCUACAGCCUCGUGUUUGCUAGUACAACCAAGGAGUGGCCGAUAGGAAGUAAAACAAAGAUCCGCACCCAGAUUGGUAGAUCAGCUGAGCCUGCCUUUCCCUACCUGAGCCUGUUACUGGAGUUCGACUCGGCUAGCUUUAUGAGUAUGCUCAAUGAAGCGUUCGAGGAUUCCUUCCUAGAUAGAGAUUCUGACGCGAACGGUACUGUCAGCCAGGCGAACGGCAAUUCACCAUCGCCUUCGUUGGUCGCAACUCGACAGUAUGUCAUCAACAUCUUACUCAGAGUCAUCACACCAGAAGCCUAUGAUGCGGAAGAUCGGAUAUUCUUUCUCAUGUUUCUGGCCCGAAAUCUGGCCAAAUACCAGCAUGCACAGACAAUCAAUCUUCCAGGUUCUACGCUUUAUGGUAUCUUGGUUGGUCUCUGUCAGUAUCCCAAUGUGGAGAUCAAGGAAGAUUGCCAGCUAAGCGUGGAGUACCUGUUAUCUGUUUAUCAACCGUCAGACCUCCCAAAGAUCAUUGCACUAUUCGAAGAAGCUGGUUUCCACCGAGUCCUAAAAUCGAUAUACCGAAAAACGAAACAGUACCCAGAACUGUUGAUUGCUUAUCUGAAAGACGAUGAUGACAAGGAGGCGAUAUUUGAAUGCAUUAGUUCAUGCCUUAGGUUAGAAAGCAGCAUGACGAAACGACAAGUAUCUGAGUUUCAAAACGCCCUCGUCGCCCAUUCACACGAGCUUGCUAGCAUCAACGCACAUAGAACAGCUCAGAUUGUGAAGACUCAUGUAGCGCAUCUACUCGAACCAAUCAUUUCAACCCUGAGCAAUGAGCCUGAGCUUCAGUACAGAUUUCUACAAGCGUUGAUCGAACCAGUUUAUAGAGGAGACAUUGAUCAGCGAGCAAUACGGCAUGAUCAGCCUCAGGCUGUCACCGGGCUUUAUGUCCAAUUGAUGUGUCGAUUCGACCCGACCCGCGUGUCUGACUUCGUCGGACUGUUGAACUCUGGCGAUCUGCAGCUCGAUGCUGUCCUCCCAGCACUUGAGAAAGGGGGCGUCAUUGACGCAGCUGUGGUCCUCAUGGCGCGCGACGGUCUCGUUCAGAAAGCCAUGCAAAGACUUGUGGCUCAUCUCAGCACUCUAGGCAAAGCACUUACAGGCCUCAUCGCCGCAUCAGAAGAGAGCCCCGAUGCGCAAAGUACAGAAGAGUCGAUCGAAGCUCUCCUUGAAGAAGUUGAGAAGUACUGCAAAGUGGGUAUCUGGCUGUGUCAAGGCCAAACCAAAUCUAGACAAACACGCCCUACGCACAAAGACGAGCGCAAGCUCCUAUCCCGUGCCACAGAACAAGACCUCGACCCUGACGAACUCCUCUGGCUCGACCUUCUCGAUGCCAUCGUCACCCUAUCCCGUAACGUUAUAUCCGCCACCGACGACCUGCAGACCCCCUACGCUAUCGAUACGACUAAGAUAUCGUCCACUCUCCGCUCCUCAAUACAAGCAUCCUUCAGUGCCCUGCUCGCCGCGACAACACCCUCGUCUACCCCAUCCUCCAAAUCUCAAACUACACAAGUACUUCAUCAUCCGUCCUUCCUCCUCAUCCUUCGGUCCUUCCUUACCCGCGCAUCUUCCACAGCGCCAUCGCUCGCUCACCUGCGCUCCGUCCUCAGCUCUAUAUUCGCCACCUACGCACACGAAGAAACCAUCCUGUCGCUCGCAGGCCGCUUCCUUGAUGCCGAUGCAUUCGCACAUGUCGCUGAGCUCCAAGAGCGCAGAGGCCAGGGCUGGCGUCCACGUGGACAGGCGUGUGAGGGAUGUAGGAGGCGAGCGUGGGGACCUGGUGCAGGAGGUGACAUAUGGCAGAAAUGGGAACGGAGGCAAGGCGCGGAAGAAAAGAGGAGGCGGGAGAAGAUGAAUCCUGGAUUCAAGGGGACGAGGGGGAAGGCAAGGGAGGUUGUUGAAGCUGAAGAAGAAAGAGUUGAGGAUACGAACAAGGAGAGCCCGGGCCCGUUGGUGGUUUUUGCGUGUCGGCAUCUGUGGCAUCGGGGUUGUUUGGACAAAGCGCAAGGACCGGGCAGUGAUGCAGGGCAAGUAGCUUCGUCGGCGCAAACCAGAAUUGCAAAUGAUGCCAGACAGGCUCUUACGUGUCCGCUAUCACAUUAGAAAAGGGGCUUAGGUGGUUUCGUCAUGUACAUCAAGCGUAGCGUGUAUUCAUCAGUCUUCUACUCU